AUGUCACUAAGAACACCGCCGAUGAACUUGAGGCUAUCAUUUCCGCAAAUCCUAACUUUCGGAAUCAUCAACACACUCCUAGGCUCAGUUUGUAAAGGCGAUUCGAUUUACAACAAAGAGGAAGCAAAGAAACGCCGGCUGGAUGGCUUGAGGCGCCGUGACAAAAGGUUCUCCCAGGGUGUAAUUUUUCCCAAGACAGACCGCAUUUCCAAGCGAAGCUUACCGGUACGGCAGAUCCAGGAAUUCGCGACAAAUUUGUACCAAGUUUUUAUCUACGUCGUGGGCGCGUUAGGCCGACAGUUGCCAUUCUGCUCAUCUGAUAUUAGAGCACCGGAUGAAACACCGACGAAGGGCAAGUUCUCAAGUAAAAACGAAUGCCUAUGA